ACCAGGCAUUGAAUCAGCUUCAAUCAAAUGAGAUGGAAAGCAGAGCAGCUUUCUCCAAGCACCUGAGCACCCUGUAUUCCUCGCGAGCUUUAGACAAUUGGACAAGGUACUCUGCAUUCACUAAGGGCAAACUAAUCUACUUAGUUUCAACUGAACAAUCACACCACUAGUUGGAGAAAGGCAUACAUGCGAUAAAGGAGAAUGAAAAAGCUCGCUGACGUGCUGAUAUAUAGCUGAUAAGAAAAACAAAAAGCCACUUGAAAAAAAAAGCCCACACAGAUGAGUUUUAGUUGAAGCCAGAAGCUGCAUCUGGUCUCUCUUUUCUCUCCAAACGUCAAGAAGAUGUUUCCAACGAUGCUGAAGAUAUUUCCAAUUCUAGCCACCCUUGCAGGCCACGUCCACGGAGUUGUGGUAACCGUUCCUGAGAAGACGGUGAAUGUCAAGAGCGGCGGGAACGCAACCCUUCUCUGCACCUACACGAGUUCUCAGCCGCUGGGAAACUUCUUCAUUCAGUGGAGCUUUUACAGCGCCAAAGAGAGCCAACUGCACACCCCUUCCCCGUGUCAUGGUAUUCUGAGUAUGGAUGAAAAAUCAAUCAGUCAAUGUCAAAAGAUGGUGUAUGUGACAGAUGCGCGGGGAAGAUGUAGCUGGAGAUACAAGAUCUACUAUUAUUCAGAAGGACAGUCUUAUUCCUAUGGAGAAUUUAAGGACAGGAUCACAGCUUCAACAAGUCCAGGGAACGCAUCAAUAACGAUCUCCAACAUGCAGCCCUCAGACACUGGUUCGUACACCUGUGAAGUUUUCAGCCCCCAGGAUGAUGCUGGACAGAGCCAAAAAUCAGUGAUUGUCAACGUGCUGGUCAAACCCUCAAAGCCUUUCUGCAAAAUAGAAGGAACGCCUGAAAAAGGCCAUCUAAUCUACCUCUUAUGCAAGUGUGACCAAGGAUUGCCUCACCCCACCUACCGCUGGUACAAAGUAGAUGAGAACACCCUCACGCUGGUGACUGAACACUUCAAUCCAGACACUGGUAUUCUGUACAUUGGCAAUCUCACUACCUUUGAAACAGGACAUUACCGAUGCAUAGCCAGCAACAUCAUGGGGAACAGUACUUGUGAACUCGACCUAACUUCAAUGCAUUCUGAUGGUAAUAUUGUUGCUGGAGCAUUAAUUGGAGCAAUUCUGGCAGCUGUUAUCAUUUGUGCUAUCGUCUGGGUCUUAACCAAGAAGGCAAAGAAAAAGAAGUCAUCAAGUAAUGAAAUGCAAGUAAUGGCUCAGAAACAAUCCAACGCAGAGUAUGCUCAGGUACCUAGUGAAGAAAAUAUACCUGCAACCACAGUUCUACCAAGCAAUGUGACAAAUGAGCAACCUAGUGCUGAUGAAGCAGCAGCAUCUGAAACACCAGAAAUUGAUGAGAAGCACGAAAUGCAACAAGAAGAAACAGCCUGAAGUUCAUUUUAAUACAGUUUUCCUCAUUGGCUUUGGAUCACAUUAUUAAAAGAAACAACAACAAAAAACGUCACUAAAUUAACAUAGCACUGUAACUAAACUCAUUUGUAUUAUGAACCACUGGACUGGAGAUUGAAAAGGAUGGUACAGACAUACUUCAUGAAUAGAUUUGGCCUUUAAAGUUAACCACAUUUAACUUAUUAUCUAGUUAAACAUGAAUGUAAUUAUGAAAAGGCUACCAUCUGCAAUCAUCGAAUCUAGUUUGCAAAGCUAAUCAGAAAAUGGUCACAAUCUUUGGAGAAUUAAGAACUUCCCAGUCAACUAAAAGGAAAGCUGUGUGUGUCCAUACAGUUGUGAAUCACAACAG